CCGUUUUAACAGGGUUCCGCACGGACAUAUUUACUGAAAAAUGGCCUGUCAACCUCUUGAGAGGCGAUGCUCUUGAAUCACAUUUCGAGGGACAGGCAUUUAAAAUGAUGCAUUCGUCGAGUGCUCUAUCGCCGCAAGAUAUUUUAACGGAGGUCCGGAAAUUCUUAUCUGGAGCUGUUCGAUCUCACAACACUAACACGCUCGAUGUCACGCGCACAGCUUUGUCACUGCUUCAAAAUGUGCCUGCUGCCAGAGAUGCGGUCCUCGAAUAUUUCUGCAAUGUAUUUUUCGUCGCAGUGUCGAAAUACGUUCGACAGAUCGAGACUAAUCAGAAUUUGGCGAUAUGCGAGGAAUCGCUGAUAGCAGAGAUCCAUUCGGUUCUGAGCAGUUUCAUCAAUGGAAAUCCAGAAGCGUGGGCACCAAUUAUCUCAGCAUGGUCUCUAGAAUUAUUGGGUAAACUGUCCUCUGAUUAUUCGAAACGUGGAAAUCUGCCAGUCAAUGCGGGAAUCAAUGAUUUCCUUCAACAAUGGAUGUCCUGUCGUGCCACUCGCACUUUAAUCGAUAUCACAGCUCAGUGCCUUCAAUGUCUCAUGCAUUCCGACACAGAGUCUUGCAUCAAAGCAUUGUUAGAUACCAGCGUGUUGCACAGUCCCCAUUUCGACUGGGUGGUAGCUCACGUAGGAAGCUGUUUCCCAAACACCGUCAUCACCAGAGUACUAUCCUGCGGACUGAAAGACUUUUGCAUGAUGGGCCACGAGCAUAAUAUAAAAAAUCCUAAACUAAAUUCAGUCGUCGGGAUUCUGGAACACUUGGCUGGUAGCCAUUUCCAGGACAUCAGAAGAGCGUUGUUAGAUUUAUUUAAAUGGAGUUUAGAGGAAGAUGUGAACGCCGAUGAAGAUACGAAGAAACAGAAAUUGGCCACCGUUCCAUUUCUUCUGAAUCUAGCGUCCCUCUCACAGACCCUCUUGAAAGCAAUAACCAGCGACGUGCUGCAAACCUUGAAGUCGGACAUAAUUCCGCAAUUAGCUUUGUUCGCCUUGGACUGGUGCAAAUAUUUCGACGACCAACCGCAAGCUCUAAUAGACUUAGUCGUUCAUCUGGUAUUGGGAUGCGAAGAGGGAGCAUCUCAGAUAAUAAAUACUUUACUAGACACCAGUUUAAACACGAGCAAUGUUGGAUAUCACAGCGUGAACGCCGCGCAGAGCGUGAAGAACGUCGCUUCCGAGAUUCUAGAAUUGGUGUUACGAGAAAUCGACGUACUCCUAAGAACUCACGGGCCUCAGUCUGCAAAUAUAGCUCUGCUGAAUUCUAUCAAGCAAGAACUGCCGGUGAUACUGCCGUUGCUUUUGAACCAGAAUCCUCUACGAGUGCAAACAGCCGUAAGACUGAUGUGCUUCCUCGGGACUCAGAAUCCUAACAUGCUUAUAUCCGCAGCUUCUUACAUGCUGGUCAAAGCUGUGACCACUUUCCAUCUUGCUGCUUUGAUAAAAAUGAUUUCUAAUAAUAUCGUGAUGUUCUCCUCUAACAAACUGGAAAUGGAAAACGUACUGGCUAGUUAUGGCUUCUUCACGCAAGUGCUGGAACAAGCGCUACGUGAGAUAAAUUAUGGAAACAAUAUAGGGAAACCAGACAUGAGACAACUGUUCCAAAAUCUUACGAUAUUGUUGAAAUGGGAGAAGUCGAACAAAGCGACUGUGUUCCGAUCGAAAAUAGUAGCGGAAGCUAUAAAAGCGAAUUUGCAUCAAAUCUCCGGCCUCUUGACAAAGAUAGUCGACUUCGAUUUAGCUAAUGACAUUGCGAAAAUGCUAGACUUGUUUUGCAUGCCCGAGAAAGAUAAUUUUUCGCCGAACGUUGAGCUGACUUUAAAACUAACCAGGGCCGUGAUACAAUAUCUGUUUCUGUGUAUGGCAGAGAUCGAUAUCACGAAAAAGCAGCAAGGCAUGAAGAUUGUCUGCCACUUGUUGAAAGACUUAACUUGCUAUUCACCGUGCGCUCGGGUAUUAGCUCUGAGAGAAAUCUUAGUACACAGUAUCAGUAACGAUCCUGCUAAGUACUUUGGGGCGAAAGAGAAGUUCGAACCGAAAUUCAAAGAGGCGUUACUUUUACAUCAAAAUCAUAAACAGGUAACGAGCACGAUGUUAGCUCAGAAGCAUUCUUCUGUAUUCCACGCUGGGGUGAUCGGCCACGGUCCUCGCAGGCCACCGCCGGAGAACACGAUCGACAAAGAAAUCAUUGCCCUGAAUAAAAUACUGCUUGUAGACGCGAUAAAGGCCUGUUGUAGUAAUCGGGAGUCGGAAAGGUAUCCUGUGAAUCUGGACGCUCUGACGAUGGUCAGUUUGCUGUUAGUCGAGCUAGUAUCACCGGACGUUAUGUACAACGGAUUGCCGUGGCCCGAUGAAGAGUUCACGAAGGUUACCAUAGAAAGGGACUUGCAAAUUCGUCGUACGUUCAAAGACGUGCCGUUACUCUGGACGCUGUUGGAAUUAACAGCUUGGUACAGACCGGCUUUAGCGUAUUGUUCAGUUUUAUUGAGAGGCAUCGCAGCCACGGUUAUAGCUAACUGGAGCACGGAGGAAGGUGUCCGACUCGUGAGCGUUAUGGCGCUGGGUCAGUUGUUACCACCUCCUUUGGCAAGCAUAAGGGACAUUUUACCAGUCUUAGAGUUGCAUCAGAUAAACACGAUAAUGAAAGAGUGCGUGUGGGCUUACAUGCGCGAGAACGUGCCGUCCCCGGCUCUGUUCACGCGCAACGAGGGAGCGAACAUCGCUUGGCGAGACACAGACACCUCGACUCCGAAUUCCCGAUUCACUGAAACGCUCCGUCUAGUUCUGUUGUCCAAUAUCAAUGCACUGGGCCCGUUAUACGCCACUCUUUUUUACAACGAGAACAAAUAACUGUUUCUAUAAUACAGAUCGAUGUACAUAGAACUUCCGAGAGAUCGAUAGAUUUGUAUUAAAAGUUUCAAAUAAACGUUUGAUACCAGUUUGAAA